AUGCACUCGUCCCUCUCCAUCGGUGCGGUGUUCGCCCUUUGUAGACAAGUCUAUUCCCAAGACGCAUUGGGGGACGACUACAUCCAACAAGUCGAGACAUCAGGACCAUUUCUGUAUCUGGGUAUCAAAGGCCCCAUCCCCUCCUUUCAGGACGAAACCCACCAGUCAAACCAGGUCUGGAGCCUUGCUCCUGCCGGGGAGAGCCUCGUGACGAUUCAGAACACGAAUACCGGAGACUAUAUCAAUUGUGGAACUUCACCUGAGGGUAGGUGCGAACUUCAAGAGGAAGGCCAGGUUUUCCAGGAGGAGCGGAAAUCUGAGGACCAUGAUAUUUAUGGAUUUGUUGACCAGUCGAGCUCCAAGGUUCUUGUUCUCACGGAGGAUGGGGCUCUUUCCAUUGUUGAGCAGUCGGAUUCUACUAAACCUGAACUGUCGGAUUUCUUGUUGACACAGGCGCAGUGUAAGUGA